AUGGAGAUCUUGAUGAUGUGUUUUCUGUACACAGAAACCGUUGGAGACAUGAACAUAUGUUAUAUCCUGGAUGGGAUUCUCAUCCUGUACGGAAUCAUUCUCACCGUCCUAUACUGCAGACUGAGGAUGGUCCCAGCCAAGAAAAAGAGUGCGAAGCACCUUCAGAACCAGCCUGCUGAUGGAGGCAUCUAUGCGGGUCUGUCCUCUCCCUAUAAUGAUACCUACGAAACCAUCAAAAUGGAUAAAAAGUCUGUCGUCUGAUGAAAGGCAACUCACUGCAGAGAGGAUGCUGAGCACCAAAACAGAUGCUGAAUCUGUUCAACCUUUACACUGUAUAUUAAGUUGUUUUGACUUGUGGUGGACGUGUGCAUUAUGUUUCCAUAUAUAUACAUUUUCACUCCUUUUUUUGUAAAAAAAAAAAACUAUUUUUAUUCUUAAACUUUCUUUCAUGCAUGCACGAAAUGUUAAAAAUACUAAAUUAAUUUAAGAGUUAUGUCAGUGGAUUUUCACUGCAUGUUUCUCACAAGAGGUAAGAAGAGUGACAAAGUGUUUUAAAGCUGGUUUUACCCAAGUUACCAGGAAAACAGAAGUUUAAUUUAUCUUUCUUUUAAUACUGGUUAUAUUCACAGUUUAUAACAUAACUAAUUUCAAGCUGAUUUGAAUUAAAUUGUCCAUAUUUCAAUUUAACAACUAUUAAUAAUUGUAAUUGUAAUUUUUUGAUAUUCUUUAUGUUAAUUGCAGAGAACAGUUAUGUUGUAACAUUGCAUUUUAAUUUUAUUUAUAUUUUUCAUAUAAUCACAAUUUUAGGAGAAAAUCUAACAUCAAAAUGAGUUUGAAUCUUCUAAAAUAAACCUUACAAUUAACCAGAAAG